UACAUUCACUUGUCGUUGUUAAUUCUUGAGUGGAAAGGGAUGGGUAUUACGUUGGUAUAUUGAAGCAUUGCAAAUGAAUAUGGUUUAUUUUGCGGGAGAUUUAGUAUUGAGUAUAAUCAUUUGUUUAUUACAGAUCUAAGAAACACAUUGUUUAUGACCAUGCUUUGAAUCUGUGGUAGCAUCAUCAACAGGCGGUCUGGAAAUUUGUCAAUUAUGUUUGUAAUGUAAGUUUAACAUGGAAGAGCGGAUAAAGAACUUGCGCCUCAAAGAAUGGCUGAUUGCUCAAAUAGACAGCGGACAAUAUGCAGGACUGAGCUGGGAGAAUGAGGAAAAAAGUUUGUUCAGGAUCCCGUGGAAGCAUGCUGCAAAGCAGGAUUAUAAACAGAACGAAGACGCUGCUCUAUUUAAGGCUUGGGCAGUCUAUAAAGGGAAGUAUCGUGAGGGGAGGGAUAAGGCAGACCCCACCAUGUGGAAGACCCGUCUGCGCUGUGCCCUCAAUAAGAGCACAGACUUCCAGGAGGUUCCAGAGCACAGCCAGCUGGACCUGUCUGAGCCCUACAAGGUCUACCGUAUCAACACUGAAACAGACACGGACAUGGGCCAGGAGUCUUCUCAGAUAAAGGGUCAUGUAAGCAGCCAUGCUAGCCCCUCCAGCAUCACCCCAAUUAACCUUCCAGUUCCCCAGCCACAGCAGGACUAUAAAAAUGAAAGUCAAAAUGGAGAUGCAGUACAAAUACUCAGAGAAGCAGUGGUGAGAGAACACAUGUACCACUGGUCUGAAGCCCCACAGGAUCACAGGUUGCCUUCCCUGAUCAUCACAGCCCCUGCUCUCACUGUCACCUCCAUCUCUGACAUCCGUCUACAGGUGCGGUUGUUCUACCAUGGCCAGUUGGUUCUGGAUGUGAUUACCUGUUCUCCAGACGGCUGUUUCAUCCUGCAGGGUCAGGGCCCCCUGGGCAGUGAGAGGAUCUACGGGCCGUGCUCCGCCCAGCAGAUCUCCUUUCCUCCCCCUGCCGUGCUGCACCUGCCUCCAGACAUCACCCAGGCCAUGACCCACCUGCUUCCCCACCUGGAGAGGGGAGUUCUGGUAUGGGUGGCCCCUGAUGGCCUCUUCAUCAAGCGCUUUUGCCAGGGUCGGGUGUACUGGAGCGGGCCCUUGGCCCAGCACACUGACAGGCCCAACAAACUGGACAGGGAGAGGACCUGUAAGCUGCUGGAUAUGCAUAUCUUUCAGAGUGAAUUUAGGAGGUAUAUCCAGGGGGAGGGGCAUCGGCCUCUCUAUGAGAUUGCCCUCUGCUUUGGGGAGGAGUUUCCAGACUCCAACCUACAGGAGACCAAUAAGCUUAUCAUGGCUCAGGUGGUGCCCCUGUUUGCUGUAGAUCUGCUGCAGAGUGUCCAGACAGCAGAGAAGCAACAUCUGGACACCUCCAGAACCCAUGGAGGAGAGGGCCAGCCAGACAGCCCUCCCCCUCCCCAGCCCUAAAGAUGAGAGGCUUGUGGGGUUGUGGGGUUAGGGGGGGGGGGCCCUCAAACCGACAAAGGCUCAAUCUCAGAGCAUAGGCAACUUGUCAGAGCGUUCUUGAAUCUAGAUUUUUAUCAAGACAUAUUUAAAUUUAGUGUUCAACUAACUGUUGUUGCCAACUUAAUUGUGCAUAAUGUGAAAAGUGAGCUUUUUUACUUUGCUGUGACUUCAUGAGUUUAUAAGGCAAUUGUAUCAGACCUGAACAGCACACUAUUUAAAAAUAAAUAAAGUAUUGUUAAAA